AUGGACAGCCACGGUGAUAUGUGCUACUACACCGCCGGCUGCAUGGGCGCCGCGGCCGACCCCUCCUCCUCCCUCUCGUCCUGGGACUCAUUUCCACCCGACUUGAGUUCGUCCUGGGACUCAUUUCCAUCCGACUUGAGUUCGUCCUGGGACUCAUUUCCAUCCGACUUGAGUAGCGGCGAGAUGAUCGACACGGAAACAAGGAGUCAGCGCAAGAAGCCGGCAGCCCCGGUGUUCAUCGGCGUGCGCGCGCGGCCGUGGGGACGGUUUGCGGCGGAGAUCCGGGACUCGACGCGAGGCGGCGCGCGGGUGUGGUUAGGCACGUUCGCCACGGCCGAGGCCGCCGCCAUGGCAUACGACCAGGCGGCGCUCUCCUCGCGGGGCGCGGCCACGGCGCUCAACUUCCCCCUCGAGCACGUCCAGGAGUCACUCCAGGCACUAGGCGCGACCGCAACAGGCAUGGGCGGAUCGCCCGUUCUGGCGCUCAAACGGCGCCACUCCAAGAGAAAGAGGCGCAGCAAGGCCGAGAUGGCCAACGAUGCCGCGGUAGGCACGAGGAAGAAGAACAAGACGAUGGCCACGUGCACGCAGGAGCGGUUCAUCGUGGAGCUGGAGGACCUCGGCGUCGACUACCUGGAUGAGCUUCUCAGGAUCACGUGUAAUACAGCUUAG